CCAGCGAGGAGAGGCACCCAGCAGUGGCCCCAGCUGACAGCGAGUGGACGAGGUCAAGGCAGAUCCCGCCGGCCGCCCCCAACUGCCUCCACGCCGAAGUCGUCGCCCGCCCCUCCCCCCGAAACAAAAUCUCUUCCAGAAUCGGAGGGGAAAGUAUCUGCGAGUUUCGCCCUCGCGCGGGCGGCCGGCGGCGGCGGAGAUGGGCUGCUGCAGCAGCCGGAGCUCGGACUCGCCGGCCAGCCGCGUCACGCGCUGGCGCUCCACCGGGAUCGUCGCCCUCCGGGACGCCAAACUGAAGGUGGUACCACAUGAAGUUCUGCAAGUGGGAAAUUCCCUUAGAACUCUGGAUUUGACAAAUAACAAAAUAGUUGAGGUUCCCCAGGAAGUUGGUACCAUUGUGAAUAUGCAAAGACUGGUUUUGGCUGGUAAUUUGAUUGAAAACAUUCCAGCUAAUAUUGGAUACCUGCGGAACCUUAAAAUCCUCACGCUUGACAGAAAUAGGAUCACUGUCUUGCCUGAAGAAUUGGGUUCUCUAUCAAAUCUUCAGCAGCUUACAGUUUCUCAGAAUUCUUUACUGUGCCUACCUAAAAGUGUUGGAGAUUUGUGCAAUAUGCUGCUACUCAAUGUAUCUGAUAACAAACUAAAUGCCCUUCCCGAAUCAAUAGGAGGCUGCAAGUCCCUGGAAGAAUUGCAGGCUAAUGGAAAUGCAAUCGAAGAUGUGCCUUCAUCAAUUUGCAACCUUGCUUGCCUCAAAUCUCUAUCAUUGAAUGGAAACAAAAUUCGUCAGCUUCCCCCAAACUUGCUGAAGGAUUGCAAGGCUCUUCAGAACUUGUCACUGCACAGCAACCCAAUCUCGAUGGACCAGUUUCAGCAAAUGGAUGGAUUCGGGGAAUUUGAAGCACGCAGAAGGAAGAAGUUUGACAAGCAGAUUGAUUCAAAUGUGAUGAUGGGCUCCACAGCCCUGGAUGAAGGCAUUGAUUUACGCUAGUUUUGCGGCAAAAUUCGAGUGAACUUAUUUUUUUCCUCAUUAGCCAGAAGUAAUUGUAAUCUUUGUAUAUAUCAGUCUCCCCACAAUCUGAUUCGGUAAAGAAAUCAAUAAAUACAAAACAUAGAAAAAUGAGUAGACUGUCUCUUUCAUGUGCAUCUACAGUCGUUGGCUAUCAGCAUAUUAUGUACUCUCCA